AGUCGAUGUUGCUGCGUUGCAAGUCUUCCUCGAGCUUGACCUUGUUGCGAACCGUUUCGUCGACUUGCUUCUUUGUGAGGAGCAAAUCUCCACUCAUCGUUACUCCGUGAACAGUCAGCGAAAUGCCACACUAGAGCAUUUUGUUAGGAAAGUGACUUCCAAUCGGUCCGCGCGGCGGAUCUUCACUUUUUUUUUGCUCAACUUGACGCGGUUUUUACUGCCCGAGCGGUGAUAUAACAUUUCUGUAAAGGUUUUUUGGGGCUGGCGGCUGUGUUAUUAUCGCUCUAUUUUAUUUUUGCUGUCGAGCGCACUCUCCGCAGAGAGCAGCGCACCGACACUAGGGAGAGUAGCGAAAAACGAAAAUGGACGGUCUCGGUGCAGUUUUCCUGUAACAAAAACCCCACAAGCGAUCCUGGUCUCCGAGAGAGAAAUGGCUCUGACACGGGCAGCUUGGGAUCCGUUACACUGGUCACCUAGAGGACUCAUAGAGAGAUGAAGACUCUGGAGGAGCCCCCCUACCUGACAGUAGGGACGGAUGUGAGCGCCAAGUACCGAGGGGCUUUCUGCGAAGCCAAGAUUAAGACUGCCAAGAGGCUAGUCAAGGCCAAGGUGACCUUUAAAACAGAUCUGUCCACGGCUGAGGUUCACGAUGAAAACAUCAAAGGACCUCUAAAGGUGGGUGCUGUUGUGGAGGUGAAGAAUCAGGAUGGAGUUUACCAGGAAGCCACAAUCAAUAAGCUGACCGAUGCUAGUAUAUAUACAGUUGUGUUCGACGACGGCGAUGAGAAGACCCUGAGGCGUUCCUCCCUCUGCCUGAAAGGAGCGCGUCACUUUGCAGAGAGCGAGACACUUGACCGGCUCCCUCUCACCAACCCCGAGCACUUCGGCACACCCGUCAUUGGCAAGAAGGGAAACCGCGGUCGACGAUCAAACCCAAUUCAAGAGGAGGAGUUGUCCUCGUCCUCCAGUGAAGAGGAGGAGAGCGAUCAGCGGCAAAAUGAAGAGCUGUUUGGGAAGGUGGUCUGUGUGGAAGGGGUUGCCAUCGGGGACAAAAAGAAGACUACGUGGUAUCCUGCUUUGGUCAUUUCCCCCGACUGCCACGAAGACGUGACCGUGAAGAAGGACAACAUCUUUGUGCGCUCUUUCAAGGAUGGAAAAUUUUACACGGUGCUACAGAAGGACGUCCGUGAGCUCGACAGCAGCUGCCCUCCAAAAGCUGACGCAAGCCUCAAACCAGCGCUGGACGCGGCCCUGGAGUUCCAGAGGCAGCUGGUCGUGCCCGGCAUCUGGAAGACAGAAGUGAAAGAAGAGAGUUCCAGCAGCGAAGAGGAUGACGACGAUGAAGAGGAGGAGCAGGAGGAGGAUGCAAGCGGUGAAGAGGAGGAGGAGGAGGUGGAGCCAUUCCCAGAGGAGAGGGAGAACUUUCUGCAGCAACUCUACAAGUUCAUGGAAGACAGAGGAACUCCCAUUAACAAGCGGCCGGUUCUGGGCUACAGGAACCUGAACCUGUUCAAGCUUUACAGGCUGGUGCACAAACUGGGAGGUUUUGAAAAUAUUGAAAGCGGCUCCAUUUGGAAGCAAGUCUAUCAGGAUUUGGGAAUCCCUGUGCUCAACUCAGCUGCUGGCUACAAUGUCAAAUGCGCUUACCGCAAGUACUUGUAUGGAUUUGAGGAAUACUGCACCUCCACUGCCAUCUCAUUCAAAAUGGACCUCCCUUUGAAGCAGGGGACCAAGGGGGAGGUGAAGUCUGAGGGGGAGGCAGGGAAAACAGCUCCCACAUCGCCAGGUUCUGAAGAGCAGAAAGCCCAGGUGGACGGAGAACCUUGCAGUGCACCGCUCGUCGUCUGCAAGGACGAGAAACCUGAUUUGACUCAGAGCAAAACGGAAUCCGAAACAUCAAAAACUGAGGGAAUAGACGACGGGAAAGACGGUGGAAACGAUGGCGAUGGCGACGACGACGACGAAGAAGAAGAAGAAGAAGAAGAAGACGGUCCCCACAGAGCUGACGCGGACGAGGGCUCGUCGACGGCUUGCCUCGGAGCCGACGAUAUGAAGCAGGAGCGUGACGAGGAGCAGGAGAGCAAGGACAGCUCUGGGGAUGACAGCAGUCAGGAGGGGGAGGAAGGGGAGGAGUUUGAGUGUUACCCCCCGGGGAUGAAGGUGCAGGUGAGGUAUGGGCGAGGCCGCAAUCUGAAGACGUACGAGGCCACUGUGAAAGAGGCAGACGUGGAGGGGGGAGAGGUGCUCUACCUGGUGCACUACUGUGGCUGGAACGUCAGAUAUGAUGAGUGGAUCAAAGCAGACAAGAUUGUGCGACCCGCCAAUAAGAAUGUGCCAAAAAUAAAACACCGCAAAAAAAUAAAGAACAAAACUGAGAGGGACAGGUUGGAGAGGCUCGACGACAGAGAAGUCCUCGGCCCUUCGUCCAACACUAACCGCGUCCCGCGCUCCAAAUGUGGCCUGAGCCAGGAUGUUUUUUCCAAGAUGGACGAGGGUGAGGACAAAGGGACUCAGCAGUCUCCAGUCAAGUCUAUAGAAAUUACUUCUAUCCUCAAUGGCCUGCAAGCCUCUGAGGUGUCCACAGAUGAAAGCGAGCAUGAGGAUGAGGAGGGAGAGCAUAAUGAAGAGGAUCAGCCAGGUUGCCACCUUAGAAAAGUCCAACCAGAGCCACUGCAAAUAUCGGAGCGCUGGGAGAGCGGAGCCCCGUCUGAAGGGUCCAAACCUUGUCCAGUCACAGGAAAAAGCCAGGAUGCUGUCAGUGUGGAGAACACAGACGCUGGAAAGCGCAGAAACCAACCGGAGUUGGAAGGAGAGGCGAGCACCAGGAAGAGGAAAGCUGACAGUGUAGCAGAGAGGACCCCGAAAGGUCAAUCCAAAGCUAAGACUAGGAACACUAGGAGUGCUGACUGGCCAGUUGGAGGCUCUCCUAGGAAGGUGGAGGAGAGAGCAGCCGCUCCUGAAGAGGAGAGGGGGGCCUCAUCUAGCAGCAGUUCAGACGACGAGGGCGCAGCUCUGGCUGAGGCCCAGACUGAGGAAAGUGAGCGAAGCCGCCCGAAAACCAAGGGGUCGCCUACCAAGAAGUACAACGGAAUGAAGGAGAAGACCAAAACCGGCAGACAAGCAGGCUUCUGGGAGAUUCCUGAAAAGAGAGCCAAAGUUUCUGGGAAUGCGGACGAAAGGGCAGCCGUUCGCCCUAAAGGACAAAAAGAUGUGUGGUCCAGCAUCCAGGCCCAGUGGCCAAAGAAAACUCUCAAAGAGUUGUUCUCCGACUCGGACACAGAAGCUGCCAAUUCUCCUCCUCCACCAGUGUCCUCAUGUAUGGAAGAGCCGAGUGUCGAACAGGACGCGAGACCCGAAGACGACAUCUUGCAAGAGCAGAUGGAGACCGAGAAGCUCCAAGAGUUUCCGAGCAGCGGGAGCAACUCCGUACUCAACACGCCACCGACAACGCCAGAGUCCCCCUCAGGAGGAGGAGGCAGCGCUGUGGAAGAGUCUGGUCAAGCACAGCCUUCCUCGCCGCCACCAUCUAUACCCCCCACCUUACCUUCAGAGCCGGUUUCUGACACUCUUCCCCCAGGACCCAUACAGGAGGAAGUGACAGGCGGGCGCAGCGAGACAGACAGCAGCACAGUGGAGGUGGAGAGUCUAGGAGGGGAGCUGCAAGAGCUCCCUCAGGACGAAGGGGGGAGUUCCCCCUCAAAGGUGUUUGACGUCAGCCUCUCGUGCAACAGCAGCAGCAGCUGCAGCCUCGAGCUGAGCAGCAGCAGUCAGCAGGAGAGUGAGCAGAAGUCCAAAGGUACGAACAGCCGCAAAUCUACUUUAACAGGUUUAUUUUUCAGUGACAGAAUUCAUUAUUUUUCUUCAGGAUGGAAUACUGAAGAAACACAGGCUGACAACUCAUUUCACAGUCUGCCUGUUCCCUCACCGUCUUCUUGCUAUUUCUUUGUAGCGUCUGCGAGUCAGAAGCGACAGAAAGAAUCACAGACUGGUGGAGCCUCAAAGAAACACAAGCCAAACCGCAAGAGCCUAGGUGUGCCUCCCAAAAAGAAUAGGAAAACAGCCAACAGUAGUGAUAGUGAGGACCAGUCUGUCGUUGAGGGCACUGCCAAAUCAACUGCCUCUAAGAACAACCCAUCGGAGCUGAAGGCUGCCACUUCGCCCAAAUGUCACGGACGAUCUCCCCCUUCGAGCCAUAAAUACCACAAGCAGGGUGACGCAGACCACACCCAGCACCGAGAUAACCACGGAAGAUCGCCGCGUGUGUACAAAUGGAGUUUCCAGAUGUCUGAUCUGGAGAAGAUGACCAGCCUGGAGAGGAUCUCGUUUCUUCAGGAGAAACUUCAGGACAUCAGGAAUCACUACCUCUCCCUCAAGUCUGAGGUUGCCUCUAUUGACAGACGACGGAAACGCAUGAAGAAGAAGGAACGGGAAAGCACAGUGGCCGCAUCCUCCUCAUCCUCAUCGUCCUCAUCGUCGUCACCGUCCUCGAGCUCUCUCACCGCAGCAGUCAUGCUGACGCUGGCAGACCCUCCGGUAUCAUCCUCAUCCUCCUCAUCUCAGAACUCUGGGGUAUCAGUGGAGUGCAGGUGACAGGACGAGCCAGCAAAGAGCCACCGCACGAAGCACUUAACCAGCACCCUGGGGACAGCACCCCAAUUCCCUUUCAACAGGAUGGAAAAGUCAACACACAUACUGUAACUACGGGGGCACAAAAACCAGACCAGAGACAAAAAAGAAAAACAAAACACAAGAAACAAGCACUAUUUUUUACUGACAACUGUUUCCUUGGCAAGCUAAUGGCACUUAAGUGCACUUUUAUGAAGAUU